AUGCCUUGGGCUCGACUCCCUACACCCCUCCGCCUCCUCCUCCUCACGGCGCUCUGCACAUCUACAACAUCCGCCCUCCCCGCUAGCCGCAUCUUUGCCCGCGAGGAUACAUGCGGUGCCGACAGGGUCUCUUGCAACAGCGACCUGACUGACCUCUUCUGCUGCCCCAAGGACUACUCAUGUAUACUCCUCGCCGGUGACACCUCAGCAAUGUGCUGCCCAGCGGGCAGGAACUGCGACGAGGUCCGGCCUAUUACUUGCGAUCUCCGCGGUCAGGAUAUCACAAAGUACCCCAAGGCUCCUGUCAUGACCAUCAUCACCAACCUCGAGCUUGAAAAGUGUGGGAGCAUGUGCUGUCCCUUUGGCUACUCAUGCGAGGGUGACAGCAAGUGUGUUCUCGACAAGGAUCAAUCUAGUGCUCCAGAGGGCGCAGAGUACCCCAGCGGAAGCUCCUCAGGUGCUCCCAGCGCAACAUCACCCACAUCCAGCGAGACGGCCUCUGUGAGCGCCGAGCCCACCUCGACCUCUGAGCCCUCCAAGGCCAGCGACGAGAACCAGAAGGAGGACCCAGAGGAAGAGAAGAAGGAUUCAGGCCCCGCCACGACAUCCAUCGUUGGCGGCGUCGUCGGCGGCUGCAUCAUCCUCCUCAUCAUCGCCGUCGUCAUCUUCCUCUACUUCCGCCGGCAGAAGAAGCGUGAGGGUGGACACGGCGAGAAGGGCGGUCACUUCUACGGCGGCGGCGGUAGCACCUCGAGCAGCGAGGCCUCGUUCGGCAACUUCAUCUCGGAGCCCAUCGUCCAGCCAAACUCGUACCGCGCAGACUUUAUCCUCAAGACGCCCUCCCAGAACUCGCAGGUCUCCGGGAGCAGCUCCAGCGUCCCGCAGAGCCAGUUCUCAGGGGCCCAGAGCCAGUUCUCGGGUGCCAGCUCUAGCGUUCCUCAGAGGCAAUUCUCCUUUUCUCCCACGCCUACACGCGUGCCCCAAGGUCCUCCUCGCAUCCGCAUCUCCAUCCCCAACCCCUUUGACUCUCCCAACCCUUCACCCAACCACAAGUCGGCCCAGAUGAGCCCCAUCGACGACACGCCCGUCCGCCACGGCACUGUCCGUCUACCGCCCAUCCGCGCCAUGAAGGCCUCGUCACAAGUCAGCCGUCGCCCUGACAGCCCAGACCUCCAGCGCGAGCCCAGCUGCGAGAGCAUCAACGUCUUUGCCGACCCCAGCGACGUUGUCAAGCCCCGCCGCCUGACACACGCCACAACCUUUACAGACCUGAUGGACGAGGCCGAUCUCCGAGGUGUAGGCCGAGGGAAGGCCUACGCGCCCGGGACGAAGCCUCACGUACCGGGGACAACACCAAGAAUCUAG